CCGGAUGUUCUGUGUCGUACUCCGGCUAACUGACUGCUUGUGUCACUCAGUCGAUCGAUGGUGCCGCUGCUGAGCAGAAAAACGGCCGAAAAGAUUUGUAAAUUGGCACCAACAAGAGAAUUAAUUAUUCAAUUAAACCUUAACCGUCAAGAGGAAUAAACCUAUACCAGGAGUUUGUUCUGAAGUGACCUGCCUCAAUCAUCACUACAGUUUUGAAGUCUGUGUCCAGUGACAAAAUACGGCCCACUGAGUGCAACUUGGGGCAGCAGCAAUGUCGGGCUCUUACGAUGACUCCAUGAUCGAUGUCUCCAGUGAUAGCUUCUGGGAGGUUGGAAACUACAAACGAUCAGUAAAACGAGUAGACGAUGGCAACCGACUCUGUAAUGAUCUGAUGAGCUGUCUCCAUGAGCGGGCUCGUAUUGAAAAGUCCUACGCACAGCAGCUCACAGAAUGGGGGAAGCGCUGGCGGCAACUCAUAGAAAAAGGCCCUCAAUAUGGUACGUUGGAGCGGGCCUGGUCUGCUCUGUGCACAGAGGCAGAGAAGGUGAGCGAGCUCCACAUGGAGGUGAAAUCGGCACUGAUGGGAGAAGACUUCGAGAAGCUGAAGAACUGGCAGAGAGACUCCUACCACAAACAGAUGAUCGGUGGCUUCAAAGAGACUAAAGAGGCUGACGACGGCUUCCGCAAGGCUCAGAAACCGUGGGCAAAGAAACUCAAAGAGAUGGAAACGAUAAAGAAGUCUUAUCACUCUGCCUGUAAAGAAGAGAAGCUGGCAGCUAGCAGGGAAACCAACAGCAAACUGGAGAGCAACAACAACCCCGAAUCCCAAAAGAAGCUCCAGGAAAAGGUGGAGAAGUGUCAUCAGGAAGUGCAGAAGACUAAAGAGCGAUAUGAGAAAUCCCUGGAAGAACUCGACAAGUUGACCCCUCAGUAUAUGGAGAACAUGGAGCAGGUGUUUGAGCAGUGGCAAGAGUUUGAUGACAAACGAAUCUGCUUCUUCAGAGAGCUGCUGCUGGAGGUGAAACAGCACCUGGAUCUCUCAACAAAUCACAGAUUCCAGACAAUCUACCACACGCUGGAAGACACAGUUUCUGCUACUGAUGCUGAAGAUGACCUGAAAUGGUUCCGGUCCAAUCACGGCCCCGGCAUGCCAAUGAACUGGCCACAGUUUGAGAAUUUGGAUUGGUCCCAUCCUCGCACCUUUAAGAGAAGGUCCAUUGUAGACUGGUCCAUAGACCUGAACCGAACCCUCAGCAGACGAGAAAAGAAAAAGCCAUCAGAGGGCGUCACACUGACGGGCAUCAGUCAAACUGGGUCUGACCAGCCUGUUCAGCCUGCCAAGACCAGCAGCAGCCUGACUGUGCCCACUAGCACAGCACCAGUGGGCUCAAACCCCUUUGAUGAAGAUGAAGAAGAUGAUGAGGAGGAGGAGGAGGAGGAGUUGGCCGUAGCCGUAGAGCAGCAGCAGCAGGAGGAGUUGGCCGUAGAGCAGCAGCAGACUACAGUCAACCACAUCAGUGUGAAUAAAGAGGAAAUAAAAACUGCGAGCAGUAUGGAAAAGACUACAGACUGGUCAGAUGAAGACACAGGUGCAAACCCUUUCUCUGCCAACGGUAAUGGAAAUCCAUUCGAAGACGAGCCGGCUUCUCCAGUCGUAUCUGUGCCUGUCAAAGCCCUCUAUGACUAUGAAGGACAGGAGCAGGAUGAGCUGACCUUCAAAGCAGGGGAUGAGUUCACCAAAAUUGGCGAAGAAGAUGAUCAGGGUUGGUGCAAAGGCCGGCUCAAGGAGGGACAAACGGGCCUCUAUCCUGCUAACUAUGUGGAAGACAUCCAGUAAUGAAUGAUCAUAAAUGUGAAUAAAGAAGAAAGUGGUGUGUUGCAAAAUGACAGUGCCGCUGGAAACGAGAAGGCGCCGCCUUAUUUUUAACCCUUUUCUCCUUGUUGGUGAAGACUGAACUGUUGUUGGGGAGGGACGGAGAAGAGAAGUUGCAGAUUAUGAAAGGACCACUUGAGAUGUUGAUGCUUGCCACAGAUUGACAGUACAAAGAUGGAAAUUAACCACAAAUUUCCAGAUGAUUCCAGGCGAAUAAGAUCGCAGAGAAAAAUUGCUGUCAGUGUAAGAUAUGUUAUGUUACUUAGAAUCCCAUUUAUGCUGUUACAAAAAUAAUAGCCUUUCAAGUAUAUAUAUAUAUAUUAGAUUAUGUCUGAAUUUAUAUAUUGUUUAAACAAAACACUGGGAUGACACAUGACAAAUCGUCUUGCGAUGUUACAUGCAGCCUUAAGAUGCAAGGCACUCAUUAAGGGAGAUGACCCUUUUUAUAACUAUAAUCUAUUUUAGGUUUGAAACCAUUUCUGCCUGUUAGAAUCCAGUCCAUAAAUGUUAAGUGUUUAGAUUCUUCUUUUAGACGAAGUAAAGCCCUUUUUGUUGACAUUGCUGUGUCAGAUUUAACCUGAUUUAAAAUGAGUGCUUACAUUGUUCUGCCAUUCCUUUCAGGGUUCUGUGUUUCCACUCAGUUAAUUUACUGUUCUGGUUGUUUUAUAAGGAAUGAUGAUCAGUCGAGCCUUAUCCUGACGACGUCUUCAUUUAGUUCAGUGUGUUGGUUCCUUUAGUCACCGCAAUUGAAUGUAUAUUCACUGAUUGUAUUUUCUCACUUACUGAAUUCACUUUUGCUGACGUUGGUUUUUUUUUCGCAAGCACUGACCCAUUAACCCCCCCCACCCCCCCUGAAUCACACGAAUCUCUACUUUCUGUUGAUUUUGUAGAUUGUAAUACUAUAUAGGUUAUUUUUCAUGCAACACUGAAGGUUUUUCAAAAAUGUUUCUCACUUGAAUCUCCAUGUUUUUAAUUAUCUCACUUGUUAAAUGGCAAGUCAUGGGAGAAUAUUUUAGUGUUUUUGUUUUGUUUUGAAAGUAUAAUACAAUUUAUAUAGCAAUAAAACCACAGCCAGGUAUGUCAUUGCAUACAUGCAUGUAAAUAGCCUGAAUGAAAAAUAUUAGAACAAAUUAAGCAUUGAAAUUGAAAUUGAUGAUUGUUAAUUUAUGAUGCCACAAGUGCUUUUGUUAUACUCUUGUUAGAAUGAUGUGACUGAGAAUCAGUUUGUAUAGUAAUUGAAUGGUUUUUUUGGCAAAUAUCCCUUGGAUAUGUUUGUAAAUAUGAUUUGUUUUCCCAUCACAGAGGGCCAUACUCAUUGAAUUAAUUAACAAAUAUGUGAAUACUUGUUAAUUUUCCGUUUUGGAGCUAUGUUAUGAAUAGACCUGAUUUCAUAACCUUAUUACAUGUGUUUGGAUCAUUGUGUUUUGUAAGCUUGCAUUUUUGCAAAGUUGUGCAAGCUCCAAAUUAAUUAAUUGCCCAGUACAUCAAUGAAAUCAUUGGGGGGAAAAAGCUAUUUGAUGUCUUUAACUGCAGAACAAGUGAAAGUUUAAUUUAGUUGUCUAUAAUAAUAGUGAGAAAGACAUUUUGCCAUGUUUUCAGGGCAUGCUGUCAUCAAAACGCAGCAACAGCUGUACUUGCACAGUAAGGUUUGUAAAUGUUGUCCCACAACAUAAUAAAUGAAUUUAUUGGAAAGAA